CCCCCGGAGCGCCCGCACUCUCUCGCCGCUCAGGAAAGUGACUCCAUCUCUCCGUCUGGUGCCGCCAAUUUUCCGGAAAAGCGCACCACUACUGGAAAAGCACUAGCAACAGCAGCGUGCUCGUCGUCGUUUUCGGUUCAGCAGUCAGUGCGUUGCCGCGGCUCAAAACUGGAGGACAUUUCUGGCACUGGCGCCGGCCCUGUCUGCUGGUCCAAGUUGUACCACCAGCAGGGCACCAGGGGGGCCGCCCCGUCGGGACUCAUGUUCGGCCUGCAGGACGCGGCGGCCGCGGCCGCCGGCCUCCACCACCACCACAUCCACCACCACCACCAGCCGCGCGGCCCCAGCAUGGCCACCGGCCUCAAGGAGGAGCCGCUCGGGUCCGCCGGACAACUGACCGCCGCCAGGUGGAUGGCGCCGCCGGUCGUCGACCAAAGCAGCGUCGGCAUUGGAAGGGCGCACUUUGAAAAGCAGCCGCCCAGCAAUCUGAGAAAGUCCAACUUCUUCCACUUUGUCAUCGCCUUGUACGACAGGGCAGGCCAGCCCGUCGAAAUCGAGAGGACAGCCUUCAUCGGAUUCAUCGAGAAAGAUCACGAGGCUGAUGGUCAGAAGACGAACAACGGAAUCCAGUACAGACUGCAGCUUCUUUACGCCAACGGUGUACGACAAGAGCAAGACAUAUUUGUUCGGCUGAUAGACUCUGUCACAAAACAGGCCAUCAUAUACGAAGGGCAGGACAAAAACCCAGAGAUGUGCAGAGUGCUCUUGACGCACGAAGUCAUGUGCAGUCGUUGUUGCGACAAGAAGAGCUGCGGCAACCGCAACGAGACGCCGUCUGACCCGGUCAUCAUUGACAGGUUUUUCCUCAAAUUCUUCUUGAAGUGCAACCAGAACUGUCUGAAAAACGCCGGCAACCCGCGUGAUAUGAGGAGGUUCCAGGUGGUAAUUGGCACCCAGGUUGGCGUGGACGGACCACUGUUGGCGGUGUCCGACAAUAUGUUUGUGCACAACAACUCGAAACACGGCCGCAGAGCCAAGAGGCUCGACCCCGCGGAAGGCCUGUAUCCUCCCCUGCCCGUAGCGACACCCUGCAUCAAGGCAAUUUCGCCGAGUGAAGGGUGGACCGCAGGUGGAUCCACGGUCAUCAUUGUUGGGGACAACUUCUUUGACGGGCUUCAGGUCGUCUUCGGCACAAUGCUAGUCUGGAGUGAGUUGAUCACGUCUCACGCCAUCAGGGUGCAAACGCCGCCCAGGCAUAUACCGGGAGUGGUUGAAGUCACGCUCUCCUACAAGUCGAAACAAUUCUGCAAAGGCGCGCCUGGCAGAUUUGUUUACGUCUGUGAGUCACUGAAUGAGCCGACCAUAGAUUAUGGUUUCCAGAGACUGCAAAAACUUAUUCCUAGACACCCCGGAGACCCUGAAAAACUGCCCAAGGAGAUUAUUCUGAAGAGGGCAGCAGACCUGGCUGAGGCUUUGUACAGCAUGCCGAGGAACAACCAGUUGGCGUUGUCAGCGCCGCGGUCACCUGGCAUGACCAACAACCACAGCAUGUCCGGGUUCAAUUCAUAUACAGGGCAGUUAGCGGUCAGUGUACAGGACAAUACCAAUGAGGAGUAUGGUAGAGCGCAGAGCAGCAGUGUUUCGCCGCGGGGAGGCUACGGCUCGAGCGCUUCGACGCCCCACUCGUCCAGCGGCGCCGCCUCUUACGGUGGAAACAACGGGGCGCCGCAAGGACCUGCUCCGGGCGCCGCUCCUGCAGGCUCCGUACCCAUGGUCGGGGGCUACAGCGGCGCCGCCGCCGCCGUCUCCGCAGCCCAACUUGGCUCCCCUGCCGCCGCUGGAAUCUUCAACACCUCUCCACUGCGUCCGUCUGCUCAGUGUUUCCCUGGCCGUGACAAACUUGGAUCAGUGGAACCUGAAACAGGAGCUUGGUGGCCUCCCCUACUUGCUCGAUAAUCGCAUUGCUGCUGAUGCUGCUGAGUUUUGAUCUCUUCGCCAUACCCCUUUAUUCCCAGUGUAAAAAACGAUCCCCAAAAAAAGACUUGUACAUUUUACCUUAAAAUAGCAUCAAGCUAAAAGUUGUUUUAAUCUCUCCGGCUGAAAAAAAAUGUUUAUAUAUUUUUCAUGCGGUGAAAUUGUAAUUAAAUAGUGCUGACACUAUCAAACAUAUCAAGAAGGAAAAAAAAGCAAGAGUUCAAGACAUCGGUUCAAAAUUUCUUCUUUGAUCAAAACAUGGCCUAUACUUUUUGAAUUUUUUUUCUGUUCCGAUGAAACUCUGAAAACCAUUCAAGGACCACAAAAUUAUGAUCGACAUAUCUUUAUAAUAGUGCCAGGAGGUUGAAACCAAUCGGCAUUAAUACAAAAAAUGAAAAAUAUCAAACCAACGUCUUGCGCUGAUUAACUCGUAUAGUUCAGAGAGAAAAAAUAUCAAGUAUAUUAUACAGUGGAAGUGUACAGAACCUGUAAAUAAAUACUCGAUGCCCAAAAAAUGGGCGGUUUGUAAAUUGCGUCGGUUGAAAGAACUUCACAAAUAAUUAUGUGAACUUGCUAAUUUAUCAAAUAACAAAAUGUGCAAUCUUGGGAAAUUUGCUUAGUUCUCAUUUAUCUCAAAAUUAAUUCUCAAACAUUCAAAAUUAAUAGGCUUCAUAGAGGAAACGCAUGAAAUGUAAUUCUAAAAGUGAUUUCAAUAUGCCACAAUUUAAUUGCGAGAAAAUGUCCUUGUCAAUUUACAGCAGUAUACGAGACGGAAGCGCAAAAGAACCAUUUUAUACAAAAAUUAAAACUGUAGAAUUUCUAUAAUUUCUCAUGCAGACUUUUAGAGAAGAAAAUAGUCUCCUCACUGCGGUGAAAAACUCUUGUAUCUCUGCUGAGAGCGAGACUUGUUUCCCUAAAAAAGUAACAUGAGUGAUGGUACAAAAAGAACCCUGAUUAACUGAACUAAUUAUAAUCCAUUAGACUUCUGAAGGUUGGUUGUGUCUGUUGUUGAAAAUGUGCGGAAGUGCUCUUUAUUUGAUUUUGUUUUGUUCCUUUCAAACACCACGCUAUAUUGAGAUUUGAGAUGAAUAAAGUAAGUUUGAGUGAAUAUUAAAAUAUAAACGGUUGAAGCGGUAUUUAAAAAGUGAUUACGAAGAAUAAUGGGUGCGGCGAGUAAUUGACUAUUUAAAAACAAUUUUUAGAUGUCUCAAACGAUUAUUAUAUAUUCUAUAGAGCAGAUCUCGAGGCAGUUCAGGAGAUAAAUGAUGAAAGCAGAAGCUAUACACUGUAUAACACACAUACUGUCAUUUAUGAAUGUAACAUUAAAAGAAUUUU